AUGUCAAGACAACUGGCAUUUGGGAGUCGUGAAUUGUCACCCUGCAAUGGCCCUUUUCGAAACGAUACGAAUACUCAGAUCUAUCAUGCAACUUAUCAUGAACCACCCUGCCAACCAUCAAACACUAAAAAUGGCAACUUUGAAUCCCCAAACAACCUUGUAGCAUUAUUACAUCCCCAUUCAACAUCCGGGCUAGAUCGUAGAGAUCAUGUCGUCGUGAAUUCAGACAUGUCCAACUUUCACGAGACAUCCUCAUUCCAAACACUCUCUUACUGCCAUUCAUCAAAAAAAAGACUCUCCAUGAAUUCUUUCCAAUUUCCAACGACGAGCAACUCGAGCUUUGAAACGAACGUACUACCAACACCACUCCAACAAGGACAAUAUUUAGGAUUACCACCAUUCGAAUUGGAUUCAUGCAUGACGUGGAAUCAAGAUUACUAUUAUUCGAUACAAGAAAAUCACAAUAAUCGAUCACAAGAUCUUUGCGCCUUGAUUGAUCUUGCUCUCAAAGAUGUCCCAUCCGAGUUGGGAUUGACAUGGAGCAUUUUCAAUACAAAUUCCAUGUCGUCAUCUUUGGGUCUACAACAAGGAACAAAUGCCAUCAUGUUGUCGCACGACGCCUCGAUCCGUACUAAUGCAAUUCCUUUUAUGGACACUCAUUCCACAACACCACAUGCUUCAUUUGACAAGAUUCGAAACACUUCUCAAGACAUCAUGAAUUGUUCAGAUAAAUCCAAUUCAUCCAACGAGGCCUCGAACACCACAGAAGGAUCCUCAACGACGUCGUCAUGCACCUCAAGUCCUCCUUCAUGCCCUUCGUCUUCUUCUAAUCCGUUCAUGAUGAUGGACACUUGUUCAACAUCCGGUUCGUCCCUUGUACCAACAACAACCUCUUGCCAUUCGUCCAAUUCUUGUCGUACAUGUACCAACAUUCAUCACGCCCCUCUACGAUUUACAUAUUAUUUCGAUGAGGAACAUCAUUUUCUAAGUCCAAAACGAUCCAUGAAAAUUGCUCCCUCAAAGAAGAAACCUUCAUUGAUUAAGGCGGGAGAAUUGUCAACGAAAAACCGACGAAAAAUUGCGAAAAGUUUUGGUUCCAAAACGAAACGAAAGAAUUCUCCCCAAACGAUUUUGUGUCAGAACAAUGAACUCACUUCCGUAGUGAAUGACAACAAUAAUACGAGUCGAUAUCGUGUUCGAUUUGGACCAAAUGUGUUCGAUGAGAUUAUGAUGGAACAUUCGAAACAGCAAGGAAAGGAAAUUCAUUUUGUAAAUUCUAAUGCUGAAGAAUUUCAAUAA